AUGCCACCUUCAAAGUGGGAUGACGAGGAGGAGAGCGACUCCCCUCCUCCCGUUGCCGCUCCCCGCCGCAGAUUCGAUGACGAGGAAGAAGAGGAUGUCCUUGAUUCAUGGGACGCCGCCGAUGACUCCGAAGCAGAGCGUGAGAAGGCCAAGAAGGCUGAGGCUGCCGCCGCCGCUGCCAAAGCUGCCGCCGAGGCCAACAAGAAGUCCAAGGCGCAGCGGAUAGAAGAGCACCGCGAGCAACGGCGCCGCGAGGCGGAAGCGAACGCGGAUUUCGACGCUGACGAGACCGAGGCUGAACGCCGCGAGCGUCUACGCCGCACUGAGAAGGACUCCGACCUGCAACACGCGACUGACCUCUUUGACGACAUCGAUCUGGCCCGUAACCGCGGUGCCCCUAAGGCCGUCGUUGUGAACGACAGUACGGAUCCAACGAAGUCCAUCGAUUUGUCUGCCAUGCCACUCUUCAAGCCUACUACCAAGGACCAAUUUACUCGUCUUUCGGAUACCCUCAUUCCACUUCUCACGCCCCACUCCAAGAAGCCGCAGUACUCUCUUUGGGCGCAGGAGUUCACCCGUCGUCUUGUUAAGGAGCUGCCUAGUACGGAGAUCAAGAAGAUUGCUAGCGCUUUGACCACCGCUAGUAAUGAAAAGAUGCGUGAGGAGCGUGCGGCGGAUAAGGGUAACAAGAAAACCAAGGCUGCGAAGACCAAGGUCUCCCUUAACGCGAACCGGGACAACCAGAUCGACAACAACAACUACGGUGAUGAUGACGGCCUGGGAGACGAUGACUUCAUGUAA